AUGUCGCGCAUUGUCCACAAGACCUCGGGCGGAAAUGCCGCCUUCCACAAUUUCCACAACGACUACGCCCACAUUGCGGACCCCAACGAGAGGAGACGACUCGCUCUCGCUGAGAUCGACAAAGCUCCUUUCGGCUGGUAUCAUAUACGCGCAAUAGUCGUUGCGGGUAUAGGCUUCUUUACUGAUGCCUACGACCUCUUCGCCGUCAACAUGGUGGUUUCUAUGCUGGGCGUGGUCUUCUGGCAGAAUGCCACCCACUCGCCAGGCAAGAUACCAUCCCAUGCCGAUACCGCCAUCAAGGUCGCUACUUCCACCGGCACUGUGGUCGGUCAGGUUGCAUUCGGUAUCCUCGCUGAUAUCGUCGGUCGCAAGAAAAUGUACGGCAUGGAGCUCAUUCUGAUCAUCUUCGCCACUCUCGCUCAGUCAUUGUCGGCGCACUCACCAGCAUGCUCGAUUGUAGGCGUCAUCGUUUUUUGGAGAGUCCUGAUGGGUAUAGGGAUUGGAGGCGACUACCCUCUGAGUUCCAUCAUCACCUCAGAGUUUGCAACCACUAGAUGGAGAGGUGCUAUGAUGGGAUCCGUCUUCGCCAUGCAAGGCAUCGGACAGUUUGCUGCAGCAAUGGUAUCACUCAUCGUGACCGAGGCAUACAAGUCAACCUUGGAGCAGGCAAAGACAGUGGACAAGUGUACCGGUGCUUGCGGGCUUGCCGUUGACAAGAUGUGGAGGAUUGUCAUCGGCUUUGGUGCCGUCCCGGGUUGCAUCGCUCUGUACUAUCGCCUUACCAUUCCGGAAACCCCGCGGUAUACCUUCGAUGUUGACCGCGAUGUCAUUCAAGCCGGCUCCGAUGUCAAAGCUUUCAAGGCUGGUAUGCCAAGGGGCAACGUUGACGAGAUCACACGUGCGCGUGCCAAGGACAACGAUGCUCACCAGCUCGAGGUUCCGGUAGCUUCCUGGUCCGACUUCUUCAGUUGGGUCGGCAAGUGGAAGAAUGGAAGCGUGCUGCUAGGGACAGCAGGCUCAUGGUUCUUACUUGAUGUUGCGUAUUAUGGCCUCGGACUAAACAACUCUAUCAUCCUGCAGCAGAUCGGCUACUCUACAGGCAACGAUGUUUAUCAGCUUUUCCACAACCAAGCUGUAGGCAACCUGAUCAUCACCUGCGCAGGCGCAAUACCCGGUUACUGGGUCACCGUCGCAACGGUCGACACCAUAGGCCGCAAGCCCAUCCAGCUUAUGGGCUUCGUCGUCCUCACCGGCAUAUUCGUAGCUAUCGGCUUCGCGUACCACCUCCUCUCUGGAAAAGCUCUUCUCGCUCUCUACGUCAUUGCACAAUUCUUCUUCAAUUUUGGUCCUAACGCCACCACCUUUAUCAUCCCUGGAGAAUGCUUUCCUACGCGUUACCGCUCAUCUGGCCACGGCAUAUCCGCCGCUUCAGGCAAAGUCGGCGCGAUUAUCGCACAGGUGUUGAUCGGCCCACUACGGACGAGGGGAGCGGAGCCUGGUAGCUCGGAUAGCCCGUGGUUAAAUCAUGUCAUGCAGAUCUACAGCGUGUUCAUGUUUGCCGGUAUCUUCACUAGUUUGCUAGUGCCGGAGACGAAGAGGAAGACGUUGGAGAGAUUGGCGGGUGAGGUCGAGGGGACGCCGGAAUACGAUCCGGAGAACAUAAGGAGAAGGGACGUGGAGAAGGCGGUGGAGCUAAGGGAAGGAGUACGGUCAAGAAACAGAGAUAGAGUAUGGGAUGGGCAGUAA